AUGGGCCGCCUACCUCGCAUACUAUUGCUGAAUGAGUACACCCCGAUAUACCAAAGAACAGCGUGUGAAGAGCUCGCGCGACAAGUAUCAGAGCUGCGCAAGGACGAAGACGCGCUAGAUGCGUACUUAGUUGACCUUCAAGAUCUUGUUGAGAGUAUCCGCCCACAUGCGAAGGCUUGCAGCAAGUGGUAUAAGAAAUUUCUUGACAGGAGGUUACGUAGCAUCAUCGAAAAACUCCGAGAAGAGGAGGAAUGGGAUGCUGACUUGAAUGAAAUGUCCGAAGGCGACUUCGCCCCUUUGAAAAAGCACACAAAUGUUGUUCUCCCGAAAGUUCUCAGUAAUGAUGAAUGGCAGGAAAUCCGCGGCGAGAUAGUCGCGUCGAUGGCAGAGUACAGAGACGCACGCCUGCGCAGAGAACGCGCGGCGCUCAUCCAGCGGCGCCUCCUCGACCUACGCCGGGUCGUCUGCAAGCUUCAACUCGGAGAUCGGGGCUUCCGCACGCCCGAGCAAGACUUCGGCCCGAGGUUCGCGGACUUCGCCCUCAUGCCCGAAUUCCGCACGCUCGUGGAGGCCCCGAGCGACAUGGACAUUAAGAGGAGCACUUUCCGCCGCAAGUGCGCUGAGCUUCCCGCUCUCUUCGAUCGGUUCGACGCGGGCAGGGAGGCGCAGCUCGCGCGUCUGCUUGCGGAGCGGCUUGGCCGACCAGCGGAUGCUCCGAGCACGGAUAUCCUCAAACUCGCAGUCGCAUGGUUUCACUGUGACCAGUGCAGGAAAUACGUGCGCUGCCCUGGUGUCUUCGCCCACCAGUGUCAGCGGCCCUACUAUCACAGGACCGACCGCGAGGACUACGAGGACGCAUACAUAUACGAUGUAGCGAAGGCCUCAACGUUCCACGCAUGGUCAACCACGAAGCUCCACCCGAUCCCGGAGGAGGACCUCGCGGCCCUGCGUGCUCUCAUCGCUGCAUGUGGACUCGACCCGGCGAGAGCGACUGCGGAGGAGAUGGACGCCCUCGACUUGCGCGUCACAUGCGACGAGAUCCCUGUGCCCUAUGCUAGUAAGAGCGAGGGAAAACUCGUCAUGAACUGGCGCAGGGCGGUCCUCUCGUUGCCCAUGAUACAGGGCGGCAAUCCAGUCAAGUGGGUUCGCGCCUCGGACGCCGACAAGCGCCGCGCGCUCAGUCUCGAGGCGAAGGCGCACCAGGCGCUGCUCAUGAAACCGAAACACCAAAAGUUCCUGCAGUGCGCACUGUGCGACGAGCCGUGGUGGCUCGUCACCGAAUCACACGGUGACGCGUUCCUCGUAGCUGACCAUCUGAGGAGACAUCACCAUAUCUCGAUGGCGGAGAUACACUCGAAGGGUGUGUACAUGUAUAUGCACCCUGACGGUGUACCCGAGACACCUGAGGUGUGGCUCCCAUUCCUUUAG